AUGACUAAUAUUUCUACGGAAAGAGUAUAUUACACUGACACUUACUUAGAUAAAUUAGAAGUCCAGAUAUUGAAAAGAGGAAAAGAUGACAAUGGCAGUUAUGUGGUAUUCGAUAAAACUAUUUUCCAUCCACAGGGAGGUGGGCAACCCAAUGAUGAAGGCUACUUAGAAAUAGCAGGUCAACGUUAUGCUGUUAAGAAACUAGCAGCACCCCGUAAUCCAUACGAGGAACCAUAUAUUAUUAAACACUAUUAUGACGGGGAGGGGGAUUUUUUAAAGGGGGAUAAAGUUAUCCAAACAAUUGACCGGGCAAAACGACUUCUCUAUUCUCAUUUACAUUCGGCCGGUCAUUUGUUAGAAGAUGCCGUUAACCAAAUCUAUCCUUCUCUAAAAGGUAUCCGCGCCAACCAUUUUCCCGACGGGCAAGCUUUUGUCGUUUUUGCGGGUGAAAUCCCGACUGAUAUUCAAACCAACAAAGAAAAAAUCUCUAACUUGGCUAAUGAACUAGUAGCAAGAAAUCUUGCCAUAAAGGUUGAAUAUAAUGGUCAGGUCAGAACUGUUAUCAUUGGUGCUUUUGCCGCUCAUGCUUGCGGAGGAACUCAUGUCAAAAAUACUUCCGAAAUCAAAGAAAUUGUUGUUCGUAGUAUCAAAAAAGAUAAAGAUAAUAAAAGUAAUUUGCGAAUUGGUUAUGACGAAAAUAUUGAUGCCAAGGAAGUAAAAAAUGAUAUAAUUACUCUUUGUCAAACUGUUCCGGAGAAGUUUUGGUUAGGAUUUGCUGAUAAAUCGUUAUCUACUUCUGAUUAUUCUCGGAUUUGCCAUAAUUUAAGUGGAUAUCUGAAAGAAAAUUACCCCGUUCCUUAUUUAGUUAAUAAAGUCUCAUUUUAUGGCUUAUCUUUUUAUGUGGAAAAAGGAGUUUUCAUCCCCCAAAAGGAUACCGAAAUAUUGGUGGAAAAAACUUUGGAAUUAGCUGAUAAAAUUUGGAGACAAAAGGAACAAUUAAAAGUUUUGGAUAUCGGAACUGGCUGUGGUAAUAUAGUAAUUUCUUUGGCUAAAAGUAGACCCGAGUGGAAUUUUAUGGCGGUUGAUAGUAAUAAACAAGCCUUAAAAAUAUCUCGAAUAAACGCUGCCACACAGCAAACAAAAAAUGUUCAAUUUAUCCAAAGCAACUUAUGUAAUAAUCUAGAUUUAAAGGAAAAAUUUAAUAUUAUUGUUUCUAAUCCCCCUUAUAUCGGUACUGACGAGUACGAAAACCUAUCUCUCGCCACCAAAGAACAGCCCAAAGAAGCCUUGGUAGCCGAAAAUGAUGUUUAUUUUUUUUAUCAGAACAUUUUCCGACAAGUUCACAAAUUUCUGGCCAAAAAGUUUCUGGUGGUAGUAGAAAUAGGUUAUCAACAAAAAGAAAAAGUUAUAAAAUUAAUAAUAGAACACUUUCCCCAAGCCGAAGUUUCUAUUUUCUCUGAUUAUGCAGGGAAAGCAAAAAUUGCCGAAAGAAUUUAUAGUUCAAAUGGUAGAAAACUUUCCUUAACUAAAUCUCAAAUUGAAGCAGUAAUUAGUGAAGUAUUGGAAGAAAUCAAAAAAGCUUUAAUAAAGGAAGAAGAAAUUAGAUUUCCUAAUUAUUUUUCUUUAAAAACUUUUAUGGCUAAGUCCCGCACAGCGAUGAAUUUAAGAACUAAAAAAAAGAUGAUUAUUCCAGCAAAAAGACGAACAAAGUUUGCCAUUAGUAAGGACUUGAAAGAAAGGAUUGCGAACGGAAAAUAG